AUGUCUGGCCUCAUGGAGCCUUCAACAAUACAAAGCACUACCGCGUCUUUAUUACAUCAUGCGAACACUUCAACACCAACCCCCGACAGUUCAUCUUUAUCAUCUUUACCACUUCGCCUCCUAACCUCCACCAUUCACGCCUUAGAACACGUCGACACCUUUGCCUUCCAAACGGUCCCAGGAUCUGUCGGAAGAAUAACCGGGAUCUCCAGCCUUUGGAGCGGAGCAGGUCCAACAUCGGAAGCUGGCAGUACAGCAGCUACCCAUGCAGUGGCGGACAUGGCGGACAUGGCGGGAAGUGGGUUGGCCGAAGGAGCGGCCCAGGAAGGAAGCUAUUACUUUGCCGAAUUCUUGGUUGCCCUCAAGAAGCUAGGUGGAUUCUUCGGCUAUUUGACAAGCAUAUGGUCGUUUGCCUGUUUACUGGAGGCGUUGAUCUUGAAUCGAAUCACCAUCUACGCUUCCACACGGCGACACCUCCGACUUGGGUGGGAGCGGCGUGUAGCUCUUCGCUUGAUUCCGAUACUUUGCUUUGCCUACCAGAUUGUCAGCCUGCUUCGUGGGAUGCGAUGUCAGACCUCUCCUUCUUUCUCAACAAUGCGCUACGGCUACCCCGGAAAGCAAAUCAUCUUCGAUUACUCAAGUGAUGGGGGUGUUCUUUACUCUUUAAGUUCGAGAUUGCUAGGAUGGGAAUCCGAGGAGCAGUCAUGCAGCGCCGUGAAGAUGGCCCGGGAAAGUAACUCGGAACUUCCAUAUGGGUCGUUCUCUCUUCUGUGGCCCACGUUCUUGGUGCUUUGCUUGAGUCAUUUCAUCGAGACACUUUCGUGCGCAUUACAAGGUCGGCCAGUGAUGACGGAGACAGGAAUGUCCAUAUUCGAGCACUCACUUGCCUUCGCAGAAGCCGAGUCAAUGAUUGGCAAAUCCGUCGGAUUGGGCAUGUUCGGUCUUCCCAAACAGAAUCCGCUCAGCGCUAUGGCCGGUGAAAUCAACGACGAAUCAACUUCGGUUCUCCAACUACUCACAAGGUCGCAAGUGUUGGAACGCAUGAACGUUACGCCAGAGUUACUACUCAUUGCUUUAAUCUCGUGCUGCAACAGUGCUUCUUCCCAUAUCCUCGAUAUCUUUGGGAAGCAGAGCAGAUAUCGACUCUUCAACACCGCUCUUUGGGGUGCCUGCUUUAUGGCUGCGAUGUCGUGGGGGCUAGAUGCCGGACCACCCAUCAGCCUCGAAACCGGCGUCCUUAGAUUCCCAACCGUGUGUAUUGUGGGAUUCAUUCCUCAUAUCAUGGUACUGGGUGGUAUUACAAUAUGCGGCGCAAUAUACGCACUGGCGCUCACCAUCACCGCCUUCUCCUUGUCUUCAGAAGAUGCUCAGCCUGUUUCCCUUUACGAUCGAUUCAUGCUGGCUCACGAUAAUAUGCAAGGCUCGAGCCAAGUCCGAAGCAUUCGCAUCAACAGACACGAAGACUUCUACACAACCCUACUUCGAAUCGGGUAUGUCGCUCUUACAGCUGCCAGCGAAGCCGUAUUCCUGAACGAGGGCAAGGCUGUUAUUGCAAGGAGGAUGACAUGGCUGGAAGAAGAUCGGCUUACCGAAAUCGAAGCUCAGCGGCAAAAGUCCUCUCCCCAUGGCCACUGGAAAAAUGAAUCCAAUAAUCGAUCCAUUGAGGCCACGGGCUUUGCAAAUUUCGAAGUGCCGGAGCAAUCUCGGGCAUGGGAAACUGGUUAUAACCGCGAGAAGAAGAUCGACAAGGAGAAGGAGGGUCCUCGCGCCGUUCACUCUGAGUCCCAUGUAGGAGGAGUGGGAGCAGUUCGUGUUUCUAUCCGAUUAAUUCACGUGUUCGGAUUUUUCCGUGCAAUCUGUCUGCUCAUGCUUCGAUGGACUACCUACGGACUCAGCAGCGCUCUUGAUCGACUGGGAAUCACCGCCCGACCGCUGUGGCUGAAACGCCUCAUCGGUCACCGUCGACAACCGCCCGGUUCUGAUAAAGAACCCCCGAAACAGUCGUUAGACUUCUGGAUUCUUUCGGAUAACGGCAAUCUUGAACUCCCCGAAAAUGGCGAGUUUGACGUUGAAGCUGAGAUGCGAAAGCGGGAGCGUGCGAACCGGCCAAACUGGAUGGGCGCCGAUGAAAAUUAUCUGGACGACAGGCUGUAUAGCUGGUGGAAAAUUGGUGGCUCCUGGGGUAACCAAGAUCAAACCUCGGAUUACAACCCGCCAACAGAUGACUUUGACACUACAAGUGUGAUCUCAAUGUCUACUAAUGCCUCAGGAUCAGAGUGGGAAGAUGAACCUUCAGAUGACGGUCGUCGAACCCCUACCCAGGUCGACCCGUACGCAGAUAGGAGCACUUCACUCCAAGACCCAUUACUAGACAUGACGACGCUCGCGCGCCUUCUGGAUCCCCGGGACCGCGAGAGCAGAGAAGAAGCUCAGAUCCUAGCUGCUCAUCUGAAGACAAGCAAUGGAAGUCCCCAAAUUAUGACACGCAGUCGCUACCAGAAACAAGUUGAAAGGGAGAGAUCUCGCAUCUUGUUUUCCUCGCGUCUUCACCAAUUGGACACGAUGCAAUCGGGUUCUGGAGGGCGAAAGCCUACUGCCGAGGAGGAAUCCGAGCUUCUAGAGAAAUUGAUUCUUUCCCGUCGCUCGGAAGUGCCCACGGAUACCGAUGCCCACACAUGGGAAUCUGGCGCGACGGGUCUCGGUCCCAAUGGACCCCCCUGUGUUGUCUGUCAAACCAGCCCUCGAGCCAUUAUCACUUGGCCAUGUCGCUGUCUGUGCAUUUGCGAGGACUGUCGUGUCAGUCUUGCUAUGAAUAACUUUGGCAGCUGCGUGACUUGUCGUCAGGAGGUUGGAGGUUUCAUGCGUCUAUGGGUUCCUUGA